AGUGCUCUAUGCGCGCACUCGUUUCACGUUUGGUCUGUUUGGCCGGGUGGCAGUAGUGUAAUUAAUUUGUUCCAAACAAAGUGGGACUCACCCCGCAGAGGCCGAAUGAUACAAACAGACUGGACAGUUUUUCAAUUGUUGUCUUUUGUUUGAAUCUUUGAAAUACAUAGCAUAACGUUAUCAGAAAUGGGUCCCGGAUAAAGGAAAGAAUAUUCUAGAAACACCGUGGACUGCGGGGUUUCGAGUGCGGGCAUGAGCGCAGCGGCCCGCCGCCGUGAAGGAGCUUAGCAGCCGGGAGAAGCGGAAGGAGUCGCAAGCAAUUGUGUGUCAGAAACGGAAUUCAGUUCUCGCCAAAUUGAAGCCCCGUCCCCAUCCCUAACUAGCCUUCCUGAUUCUGUUCUGGGAGAGUUCAGACCAGUAUCAUCGCCAAGAUAGCCGGGUCAGGCAGAAAGAGGCACACCUCAGAUCCAGACCCCAGCAGCGGUAGUGAUUCAGGCGACGGGCGGCCUGUUAGUGCCAAGUGCCUGAAGAUGGCCAGCAGCGGUGGCAGUGGUGUGGCUGGUAACGAGACAGUGGGCCGGCGUGGUGGGGCUCAGCACAGAGGAGGCAGCGGUAGGGACAACAGUUCAGACCUGUCCUCCAGUACCAGUAAGAAGAAACAGAAGGACAGGGCCAACCAGGAGAGCAGAGAGGCCAAGAGGGCAACCGCAGCAGCAGCAGCCGCUGCAGCAGUAGAUGGGGUUAUUGCAGAGGUCAAGAAAGAUGUGUUUGUGGACUGGAAGCAGAAUGUCAAUGAAGUGACUGUCAGACUGCGCUGUGGGGAGGGGGUGCAGAGGGUAGAGGACAUCAACACAACCUUUACUGAUACACACUGCAAUGUUUGCUUUCCAGAUGGACGGCAGUGGAGCUGCCAGUUGCAGGAGGAAAUUGAGGCCUCGUGUAGCAGAGUCCAGUACAAGGAGAAGGGAGGUUUCCUGCAUGUCAUCAUGCACAAGAAGAUCCCCUUUCACAUCUGGCCUUCGCUUAAGUCAAACAAGAAGGAGAAGGAGGCAGUACCUACAGAGACCAAAAAGGACAAGGAGCUGGAGAUGAAAGCUGUUGCCUUGGCGUCAUUAGAGAAACCCAAACUGUCCUCCUCGCAGCCAAAACUCCAGCCCCAACCUCCCUCCUCACCUGCGCAGAGCGAGUCAAGACGCAGCGGUGGCAAAGCUGAGCGGGGCGUAAAGCGCGGCAUAAAAAAUAAACCAGCGUGUGACAAGGCUACUACGGACUCUGUGGGGGUGAAAGCUGGAGAUGGCCUGACCACCACCAGCAAGCCUGUUGCAGUCACGCAAGGCGAGCCUCAGGAACCCAGUGCCAAGCGCACCGUUGUACAGCUGCCCAAGACCACCAAGGAGGCUCCGUCACCGGCCAACAGGGACGCACAAUCUGUCGAGUCUACGGUAGCCAGUGGUAAAGCUCCACACACACACCAGCCCGCUGGUCGGAGCCCACAGACGCAACGCAGAGACGUAGACAACCGAGCAGAGAGACUAGGCAAUGGCCAGGAACAAAAACCAGGAGUGCCUGUUGCUGCUGGCAGCCAUACCAACAAAACUCAGGUGGCAGAGAAGCAAAACCAGUCUUCAGACAGGUUUGGAGCAACAGCACACGGCAGUGAUAGCCAACCAGCAGCUCCCGUCAGCACCAGUGACUGCCUCGAACCCGUCGGCUUUAACAACGAUGUGGACUCUGCCUCUUUAGAAACGCGGGGGGAUAGAACUGACUUUGAGCCAGAGAAAAAGUCUGUUGAGCAGGAAUCGGAGCAGGAUACUCUUAUCCGCCAGCAGCUUGAAUCAAAAGAGGCAGGUUCGAUAUCGGCUGUUGGCAUGGCUGGCAAAGAAAGCCAGUCACCCGGUCUAGCUCAGAGGCAGGUCAGCUGUGACGAGGAGGAGAAGCAGGACCAGUCGAAGGAGGAGCCUCCUCUGGAAAUGAAACAACAGGAAGUCCCAGAGCCGAUGGUUAACCUGCAAUUUGUGAAGAAUGAUUCGUACGAGAAGGGCACGGACCUGAUGGUGGUUAAUGUUUACACGAAGGGGAUCUGCAGGGACACGGCCAGGGUCAUCUUCAGGGAGCAGGACUUCACCCUCAUCUUCCAGACAAGUGAUACUAACUUUCUGCGGCUUCAUUCAGACUGUGGUCCAAACACAGUCUUCAAGUGGCAAGUCAAACUCAGGAAUUUGAUCCAGCCUGAGCAAUGCAGCUACUCCUUCACCCCGUCCCGACUGGACAUCACCCUGAAGAAAAGGCACAGCCAGCGCUGGGGGGGCCUGGAGGCCCCCGCCCCACAAGGUGCAGUGGGUGGCGCCAAGGUGGCUGUACCCUCCAGCCCUUCGUGCAUUGAGAAGAGCCAGCCAGGCAGCAGCCAGCACAGCCUCCCAGCCAAGGAGGAGCCUCCAAGGGUCGGGGAGGAGAAACCUAAGCCCCCCAAGGCCUCAUCUAGAGUGGAGGAUGGCGGUCUAGAUAAUGUUGCUCCUCGCACGGUCUCUGAGCCCACUGUUACCACGCCUAAGCCUACCUGCAUGGUGCAGCCCAUGACCCAUGCACCUCCUGCUGGCAAUGAGCGCCAUGAAGAAGAGGAGGAGAAGAAGGUGUGCCUGCCUGGUUUUACAGGAUUGGUCAACCUCGGCAACACCUGCUUCAUGAACAGUGUCAUCCAAUCCCUGUCCAACACCAGAGAACUCAGGGAUUACUUCCAUGAUCGAGCGUUUGAGGCAGAAAUCAACUGCAACAAUCCUCUGGGAACAGGAGGCAGGCUAGCCAUUGGCUUUGCUGUGCUGCUCAGGGCCCUUUGGAAAGGAACACACCACGCCUUCCAACCCUCAAAACUCAAGGCAAUUGUGGCCAGUAAAGCCAGUCAGUUUACAGGUUACGCCCAGCACGAUGCCCAGGAAUUCAUGGCUUUUUUGCUGGACGGGCUCCACGAGGACUUGAACCGCAUCCAGAAUAAACCUUACACAGAGACGGUUGACUCUGACGGACGGCUGGAUGAGGUGGUGGCUGAGGAGGCAUGGCAGAGGCACAAAAUGAGAAACGAUUCCUUUAUAGUGGACCUCUUCCAAGGCCAGUUUAAAUCUAAGCUCGUCUGCCCCACAUGCUCCAAGGUUUCCAUCACCUUUGACCCUUUCCUCUACCUGCCCGUGCCCUUGCCCCAGAAACAAAAGGUGCUCUCAGUUUUCUACUUUGCCAAGGAACCUCAUAAAAAACCCAUCAAGUUUUUAGUGAGUGUGAGCAAGGAGAACUCCAGCACCGCUGAAGUCCUUGAAUCCAUCUCCAGGAGUGUCAGGGUCAAACCAGAGAACCUCAGACUGGCAGAGGUGGGGAAGAACCGCUUUCAGCGCAUGUUCUCACCGUCCCAUUCCCUGGACAUGGUGUCCUCCUCUGACAUGUUGUUCUGCUUUGAGGUGCUUUCCAAAGACAUGGCCAAAGAGAGAGUGGUAUUGCUUCGAGUGCAGCAGAGACUCCAGGUCCCUAAUAUCCCCAUCUCAAAGUGUGCUGCCUGCCUGAAGCCUCCAGUGUCCGAGGAAGACAAGCUGAAGCGGUGCACACGCUGCUAUCGUGUGGGCUACUGCAAUCAAGUGUGUCAGAGGACCCACUGGCCCAAUCACAAGGGUCUGUGUCGACCCAACACUGAGAACGUGGGCCUGCCCUUCCUGGUCAGCGUGCCAGAGUCCCGGCUCUCCUCUGCUCGUCUCACCCAGCUACUAGAGGGUUACUCCAGGUUUUCCAUCAACGUGUUCCAGCCUCCUUUCCAGUCAGGUAGAACAUCCCCUGAAACAUCACAGUGCCGGGUUGACCUCCCCCCAAUGCCAGCAGGCUCUCCUAAGGAUCUUGGGACAGGGGACGAGGCCGUGGGUGAUAGCAGUACUGUAGGAGCAGGUGAUCUGGAGCUGGAGAGUCACUCUCUGCUGCCUGAGUCCCAAGUGGAGAAUCCUCAGGCCUCAGCCCUCCAGUCUGGGGACUCAGAUUCCCUCUCCUCCUCCCAGACCUCACUCUCCACCACGCGGACUUCAGAUUCAGGAUUUUCUGAGCCAAUCUCCUCCACAUCCUGCUGCUCUCUGGACCCUCAUGCUGAAAAAGAGACGUCCUGUGAGAAGGCAGUGCGGCCAGAAGCUGCAGUAACAGGGUAUCAGCAUCCAAGUGAAUCAGCAUCAGGUCAUGCCAGUCAGUUCUACAUAUCUCUGCUGGACUCGAACAACAAAGAACAGAAGCUGGAUGAGAAAGAGGACCUUCUGGCAGACCUCCCUGAAGACGCGACCCUGGAGCUGGUGUGGAAAAACAAUGAGCGUCUGAAGGAGUAUGUCCUGGUGAGCUCUAAGGAGCUGGAGUACGAGGAGGACCCCGGCUCUCUGAGUGAGACAGCCAGAGCGGGAAACUUCACUCUGGAGCAGUGCCUUAACCUCUUCACAAAGCCAGAGGUGCUGGCACCAGAGGAGGCAUGGUACUGUCCAAAGUGCCAGCAGCACCGAGAGGCCUCCAAGCAACUGCUGCUGUGGCGUCUGCCCAACGUUUUGAUCAUCCAGCUCAAACGCUUCUCCUUCAGGAGCUUCAUCUGGAGGGAUAAGAUCAACGACAUGGUCGACUUUCCUGUCAGGAAUCUGGAUCUAAGUAAGUUCUGUAUUGGCCAGAAGGAUGAGAUGCAACAACCCCCUAUCUACGACUUAUAUGCAGUCAUCAACCACUAUGGAGGUAUGAUAGGAGGCCACUACACGGCGUACGCUCGCCUGCCGAGUGACAAGAACAGCCAGCGCAGCGAUGUUGGCUGGCGUCUGUUUGAUGACAGUACCGUGACAAUGGUGGAGGAGAGUCAGGUGGUGACGCGCUACGCCUACGUCCUGUUCUACCGACGACGGAACUCACCCGUGGAGAGGCCGCCACGCUUUCUCAGGCCUGUAGGAGCCGAGUCGCCCUCUGCCACAGGAGCUACUGCGAGCCAGGCCUCUCUAAUAUGGCGGGAACUGGAGGAAGAAGAGGAGGGCCUCAACGAAGGCCCCCGCGGACUGCUCCGCUCUGCGCGGCGGAGGCGACAAGCGUCGAGGAACGGAGAUGAGGAAGACGAAGACAGAACUGAAGGAUCUGUGCGACGGCACCCCAGGCAGAGGAUGUCGGACCAUCCCGAUGAUGACUGUGUGCGCUAUUUUGUUCUGGGCACUCUGGCAGCCGUGUUUGCUCUGUUCGUCAAUUUGGUCUACCCUCUUCUUUACAAAUCCAGCUGGACCUGAGCAGUGGCUCGUUGGUGACUUGAUUUUGGCUGGGGCAUUCAGAAAUAUGAAUGUUCAGUUGUUCAAACAAACAGAGGUACGAUAGGAAACUUUGGAAGUUUUAAUACUUCACCACUACUCUUGUGGAAGAACCCAGUAAGUCAUCCUUCCAUUGGCCUUCAGCUAGUAGAAUGGUUCUUCCAACACUACAGCACUUUAGAAGUGUAUGUAUAACUUUACAUGGCUCAACCCUUUAAAAUACUUUGUGUGCUACUUCACACAUUAAAAGACACUGAGGUUAGGGCUGGGCGAUAUGGCCACCAUCUUCUAUCCCCAUAUAGGCCAUUUCAUAUCCUCACAACAAUAUCACGAUACAGCAUGUUUUGUGGUAAUUCAAUAAAUGGUAUACAGGAAAUAAUGUUAAAGCCUGUUUUUAUACACUCCUGCGUGAAUUAAAUAAGUCACAAAUAAAAAGUACUUAGUAUUUUCUUAUUCCAUUAAGAACGGCAUAAUGUGCAAGGAUCAGAAUGCAAAGCAUCGUCCAAAUGACAUAAAUAUUGCUGCAACGCAGUUUGGCCGCCUGCUGGUCUUUCGACAUCGCAAUAGAAACAACAUAGAAAAAAAGACAUUCGUGUAUCGUCUAUCGAAUACAUACAUACAUACAUACAUACAUACAUACAUACAUACAAACAACAAAUCAGCCAGCCCCAACGGAGGAGACAGCAAAAAUAUUCCGGUCAUCAUAAGCGAACAUCGUAGUUAAAGCUGCAGUAGACUGAUUGUAUCAGCACAGUACCCGUCUCUAUGCAUUGUAUUGGCCCUUGCUUCCAGUGCAUGUGUGCUUUUUAAGAAUUUGGCAGUUUGUUUUAAGUCAUAUUUUGAAGAUAGUUCUCAGCUGUUGAGCUCUGACAGCCUUAAUCACCUACACUAAUAUUAAAUCAUGGAGUUAUUCAUUCUUCACCUUGGAAACAGUAGUUUGGCUGAAAUAAAAUCAUAAAUCAUGGAGGUGUGGUUUAAAGCUCUGGAAAAAAAAAAGCUUGUAAGUUGACCUUUAGUUCCGAUUUUUUUUUUUUUUUUUUUUUU